AUGGCAUUCGUGAAGGUGCUCAAGAAUGCCGCCUACUUCAAGCGAUUCCAGGUUGCGCGGCGCCGGCGCAGAGAGGGAAAGACUGACUACCAUGCUCGCAGGAAGAUGGUGCGCCAGGACAAGAACAAGUUCAACAAUCGCAAAUAUCGCCUUGUGGUUCGUUUCACAAACAGGCGAUGCAUCUGCCAGUGCGCUUACGCGACCUUGAGAGGGGAUGUGGUGGUUGCAGCAGCUUCUUCCAACGAGCUAGCAGGCUUUGGCAUCCCUGCCGGCCACAAGAACUACGCAGCAGCUUACGCGACAGGACUUCUGCUGGCCCGCCGCGUUCUGAAGCGGUUCGGCCUGGAUGAGAAGUUCAAGGGAAAGGAGGAGCUUGAUGGCGAGGACUAUCACAUCGAAGAUGAGGAGAACGAUCAGCGGCCUUUCAAGUGCAUUCUGGACGUUGGAAUCCGCCGAACUUGCGUGGGCCACCGAAUGUGGGGAGCUCUCAAGGGUGCAGUCGAUGGAGGUCUUCACAUCCCGCAUAGCACCAAGAACUUCCCUGGAUUCAAGGCAGCGGAUGAGAAGGGCGGCGAGUCCGAGUACGAUGCGGAAGCACACAAGGAGAAGAUCUUCGGCAACCAUGUGAAGGAGUACAUGGAGAUGCUACAGGAGGAGGAUCCUACGAAGUACGAAGCCCACUUCUCCAAGUACAUUGAGAAUGGCAUCGAUGCGGAGAAAAUGGAAGACAUGUACACAGAGGCGCACGAGAAGAUUCGUGAAGAUCCCGAGGGUGAGAAAGCCGAGAAGAAAGACAUCACAUACGAAAAGGAUGGGGACACCAUGAAGGCCUCUGACGGUACUGAGCACGCGAGAAGCCGCAAGAUCACGCUCGAGCAGCGCAGGGAAAAGGUCGCCGCCAAGAUCGCCGCCGCCCAGGCCAAGAUGAUGGAGGUAUCCCCCCGAAAUGUUCCGCUCAGCCAAGUUCAAGCUUCCAUGAAGAUGCAACAUCAUGCAACGCCUGGAAGCUUGGCACCAUGUGAGCUCAUGUCGAUUGGGGAUGAGAGUAUCUGGCCAAGCAGGAAGCGGGCAUUGGAGGAUGAGGAAAUCGUCAGCAAGGCAGUGCCACUGGGCGCUACACCAGCGAUGCCACGGCUCAGCACAGUCAGGAUGCGGGAAGCUCUGGCCGCUGGGGGCGUCGAUGGGGUGCUGCCAGCCUUGACUGUGAGUGGAGCAGCUCCAGUCAUGUGUAGGUAUUUCUUGCGUUCGGGCUGCUCCAAAGGCAAGCUCUGCCCAUUCUCCCAUGAGGUCGGCCUCCAGCCAGCCGUUCCACUGGAGCACAAGCUGCGAACGCCAUGCCGUUUCUUUGAGCUUGGUGCCUGCAUGCGGGGAAGCGCGUGCAAAUUCGCGCACGGCAACCAGGAAAUGGAUGCCAUACAGUCUGUCAUGAGAGCCGCCAAGAAGAAGGCUCAGGGAAGAGGCGACGAUGAGCCUGAAGAAGGCCCGUCCACACCGGCGACACCGGAAGAUCAACUUGUAAGCAAAAGCUUAUCCUCAGCAAGAGGCUUCCAGAAUUUCGACCGCUUUGACGCAGCAUCUGCAGGUGGCACGGCGGUUGAAGCUAGAGGCAGCCCCCAGGAGCUGGAUUCGGCGUUUGCAGCGUUUCUUGCGGAGGUCGAUGAACCUGGUGCUGUCCAGAAGGCACCCAAAGUUGUCCCACCGCGAGCGAGAGAGGCAGUUGGAAGCGAAGGUGAAGCAGCAGGCAAGCGCGAAAGUGUCAGCGCUAGCCAGAUGCUUCCCACAUUUGCCUAUCCUGCCAAACCAUCAUCCACCGCAGGUACAUCCUGGAGCGCCGUUGAUGCUCAGCCUGAAGUCAAGCCGGUUUGGCCGCAGGCUCAGAACAGACUUCUGGGAGCGGCUCUACCGAAAAGCCAGGCAGUUUCGAGAGCCGUGUCAAGUAGUUCUUCUGCUGGUUUCACAACACCAGGCUUUGCGAGCCUCUGGUGA